AUGCAAUCAUUUUUUAAGAGUGCAAUUGAUAAGGUUUCAACAAUAAAAGAUGUAGUUGAGCACUCAAUUGAAGAAGCAGUUAAAAAUAAUCAAAUUGAGACAGUCUUCCUUUCUGGAACAUCUAUUUCUUCAAAUGUUAUAAAUUGGACAGAAAGUGAUAUUUCGAAGAGAGCUAGUAACCUAAAAUAUAAUACAACUUCAUUUGUGGGUGAUUUAGCCCUUAGUAUUAGAGAUGCAGCUGCUAACUUGACAAUUAGACAGACUGAAGUGGAUAAUUCUCAGAAAAAUUUUCAAAUAGGGAAAAGUUUAUGUUAUAAUAAGAAUAAUAGCUUAAAUAGUAUUGAAUUUAAAAAUGAAAUAAGUAAUAAUUUGAUUAAAGAUAUGAAGACUAGAAAAAAAUCUGCACUAGAUAUUAGAAAUACAGUUAGUUCUCAUUUAUCAUCUAAUAUAGAAUAUAUAGAAGAUAGAAAUUUGAACGAUGAUAAAAAUAUAGAAUUAAAUGAAAGUCAAAUUUAUAAUAAUACUACUGAAAUAACUAAAAAUUCUAUGCAUAAAGAGAGUGAUAUAGUAUUAGAUGAGAAUUUCGAGGAAGUUGAUAAAUCUACUAUUUCAAAUAUAAUAGAAGGAAUUGGGGAUAUUUUAUUAAAUGAUACAACUGAGGGUAUAAAGCAAAGUGGUAAUAUUGAAUCUAAUUUUAACUAUAAGGAUGAGAAAGAUAAUACAAAUGAUAUUAAUAAUUGCAAUAAUGAAACUUUUAAUCUUACAAAAGAUUGUAGUGAUUUGAGUGAAAUAAAUGAGGGAAAUCCUGAUAUAAAUAAUUUGGAUUUUAAAUCUGAAGAUUAUGGAGGAUUGAUAAAGGUAGAUAAUUUUGAUAUUGAUGACUCACUAUAUAAUAAUAAAGUGAUAAAAUCAAAGAUGGUUUGUGAUUUAGAUAAAAAUAAUAAUUUAAAGAAGGAAAAGAAUGUAAAAAAGGAUUUAUUAGCUUCACCAAUAUUAAAUAAUGGAAUUGAAGGUAGCGUUUUAAACCCUCUAUCAAUGUUUCAGGAAGUUAAUAAUUUAGAAAAUUUGAACUUAGUUCUUAAGAAGGAGUUGGGGGAAUAUAAAGGAAAGUAUUCAGAUAUAAUGAAAAAUUAUCAUAAUUUAGAAAAAAAAAUGUUGGAAUUAAGCUCAGAGUAUAAAAAAAUAAUUGGUGAGAAGAGGAUUUUGAAAGAUCGUCUUUUAAAAAUAAAAGAAAAUAAGAAUUUAAUUGUAGAUUUACAGACACAGGUAAAUACCUUAACUGAAAAAUUAGAAUUCAGGGAUAAUACAAUACAAGAAUAUAUUGAAUUAAACAAAUGCCUUAGAGAGAAAAUUGGGGAACUAGAAAUAACUCUUUCUUCUGAGGAGUCUAGAGUAACUGAAUCUUUAAACUCUUACCAAGCUGAAAUUACAGAAUUACGUUAUCAACUUUCCAAAUUACAGAUUGAUAAUAAAGAAUUAGUAAUUCCUUAUAUAGAACGAAUUAAUAUUUUAGAAUCUCAGUUGGGAGAAACUAAAAAAAGACAAACCCACGAACAAAAUAGAUAUGAGUCAAUAAUUCAAAAACUGAAAAUAGAAUCUAAGGAAGAAAAGGAAUUUUUGAAGUUGAAAAUAAAAAAGUUAGAAGAUUUUUUGUUACAAAAGGAGGAAAUUAUAAAGAAUAAUAAUACUUAUAUAAAUAGAUUAAAUUUGGAAAUUCAGAGUUAUAAAGCUGAGAACUUAAAUAAAAACUUGGAUAAUACACAUACAAAUACACAUAAGCUCAUAAUUGAAAGAAAUAAUGUGAGUUUAAAUAUUGAACCUAGUUCAAUAAAAGAUACUCAGGAUAUUCCAGUUAUAGAUAAAGAACUAUCCAGAGCUUCAGUAAAAUCUCCAUUAUCAUCUAAGUAUGAUUCUAAUAUAUCAAUUUCAUCUCUGAGGGAUGAGUUAAGGCGAACUAUAAUAGACAGACAAGUAAUAGAAGAAGAAUAUAUUAAGACUAACAAUGCAAAAAUAGUUUUGGAGAAUACUCUAAAAGAUGAAGAAUAUCGAAAUAAGUUAUUGAGACAACAGCUUGACUCUAUUUUAGCAGUUGUAAGCAAUUUACAGGAAAAAUUAGAAGAAGCUAAUGAGACUAUAUUACUACAAAAAAAAGAGAUCACAUCAAUUUACUUAAGAAUAACUUCUUAG